AUGACGUCCACGCAAGUCAAACGUUACGCAAUUGUUGGCAUGGGCGUUCGCUCAGCCUUCUAUUACCAGAGCAUCCUGAAGGACUUUGAUCAGGUUGCCACUCUGGUAGCCAUCUGCGACACAAACCAGACACGACUGAAUGCCGCCAAUGAUCGCAUUGUCGAGCUCGGGGGGGAUAAGCUGCCGACUUACAAGGCGGAAGACUUUGACACCAUGGUGGCAGAGCAGAAGCCGGACGUCGUCAUCGUCACAACGAUUGAUCUGUAUCAUCACGUCUAUUGCAUCAGGGCAAUGGAACUCGGCUGCGAUGCCAUCACGGAAAAGCCAAUGACUAUCGACGAGGAGAAAUUGCAGCUCAUGAUCGACGCCGAAAAACGGACUGGAAAGCAGAUUCGAGUCCUGUUCAACUAUCGAUACGCUCCACAUCACACAAAAGUCCGAGAACUGAUCCAGUCAGGCGUGAUCGGCGAAAUAGCGACUGUUCACAUGGACUGGAUUCUCGAUUGCGCCCAUGGGUCUGACUUCAUGCGCCGCUGGCACCGAAACAAGGAAACUAGCGGUGGAAUUCAAAUGCACAAGUCCAUUCACCACUUCGACUUGGUCCAUUUUUGGCUUAAUACUGAGCCUGAGCUGGUCUAUUGUAUUGGCGACCUCUGGUUCUACGGCAAGGAGAAUGCUCAAAGACGAGGUGUUUCCAAUCUCGGGGAAAGGUAUCUUGACAACGAAGACGCCAAGAACGACCCUUUCGCUAUUCACAUCGACCAGAAUGCCCAACUGAAGAAGCUUUAUCUUGAAGCUGAGCAUGAGGACGGUUAUAUCCGGGACCGAAACUGCUUCGCCGAGGGCAUUACCAUCGAAGACAAUCUCUCCAUGAUCAUCAAGUACAAGAACCGAGCAGUCAUGACGUACAACACCUACGCCUACGCGCCAUGGGAAGGCUAUCGGUGCGUUUUCAACGGGAGCAAGGGCCGCAUCGAAGUAAAUGUGGUUGAGAGUGGCUACUCAGCUGGAGGCGAAACAGUCACAGAAAAGGGACUCGGAGAUCUCGAAAAGGGCUAUAUUCAAGGCGGCGUCGAGCAGACCAAGAUCGUUGUGUAUCCUCUCUUUGAGGAACCGUAUGUGGUCGACGUGGAGAAACGGGAGGGCGGACACGGCGGAGGUGACCCUGUCCUACUUCGGGAUGUGCUCGUGGGUGACGAAAGCGACAGGUUCAAUCGAGCUGCUUACAUCCGUGACGGGGGGAACGCGGUGUUGGUCGGCGUGGGGGCGAACCGUUCGAUGAAGUCGGGGAUGCCUGUGAUGGUUCAAGAAUUGAUCCGCUGGUAG